UAACUAUUUCACGUACGAACGAAAAGAUGAAUCCACACAAUAAAAAAAAAAAAAAGAAAAAAAGGCGAACUCGAUAAAAUAACAAAGAAAAAAACAAAAAUCCCUUUAGGGCAGGAAGAGAAGAAGUACUUCUGCAAGAAUCAAUCGCUUCUACUGGUGUCGAAGAAGAUGGGGUCAGAAUCAGAUCAGUGCUCUUCCAGAUUCAAUACCUCGGAGGUCAAAUCUCUCAUUUACCAGAAAAUCGGACACUCGAGAGCUAAUAGUUACUUCCACCAGCUUGGUAAGUUCCUCACCUCCAGGAUAAGCAAGUCUGAGUUCGACAAGCUUUGUAUCAAGACCAUCGGUAGAGAACACGUCCCUCUUCACAAUCGUUUGCUACGUUCCAUUCUCAAGAACGCAACCGUUGCUAACUCUCCACCACCAAGAUUUCUCAAGAAAUCUGAUUCUGCAUUCCCUCGAAAGUGCAGGUCGAGGAAGUUUAGAGACCGGCCGAGUCCGCUCGGUCCGCUCGGGAAGCCUCAGAGCAUCACCACGACUAAUGACGAGUCCAUCUCGAAGGCACAGAGACUUCCAAUGGAAGAAGGAGAAGAGGUUGAACAGAGUGUACAGAGCAGAAAAAGCCCCUUGACCGCGCCGCUCGGUGUUUCAAUCACCGGAGGAAGACAGUUUGUUUGCAGAAAGGGUGAGACUUGUCAAAACAGCGGCGAGCUUCCUGAUACAGUGACCUUGAAGACUAGGUUAGAGAAGAAACUGGAGAUGGAAGGGGUAACGUUGUCAAUGGACUCUGCUAAUGUUUUGAAUAGUGGGUUGGAUGCGUUUAUCACAAGGCUGAUAAAGCCCUGUUUGAGUUUGGUCGGACAAAAACGAGUUUCGAUGUCGGAUUUGCGCGCUGCAAUGGAGUUGAAUCCAAGGGUUCUUGGAGAGGAUUGGCCUAUACAUCUAGAGAAAAUCUGUUCUCGUGCUUCUGAUGAGGAGUAAAAAGUUGUAGGAAAAAAAAAGGCUAUUUUCGACAUUUGAAACUGUUAAUGAUAUUUGAUUGAUCGAUUCUUUUCCUGGAAUUUGGGUGGGAAUUUGCCAGUAGAGCCUUCUUGAGGAAGCUUUGAAGGAGGCUUCAGGUUGUACAAUAGUUUAUAUAUAAUAGAUAUAUAGUUUAAAUCACCAUUUGUUUAGAAGGAUAUCUUUACUUUCUUUUUCUGUAUUUCUUCCUCCUUGUGUCUCUCAAUGUAAUAAAUUUUCAAUUAAAGAAAAAGAAACUUUUAACA